AUGCAACAAGCUAUUCUUCAUCACUUCCCAAAAGCCGACGUCACUUACAGAUUUACCAACAGAGCCAAAGAAAUGCUCUUUUCUCGCGAAUGUUUCGAGUUGGCAAAGCAAUCCAUUGCUCGUCUGUCCGAGCUACAGCUUACGGUUAAAGAGGCUGAAUGGUUAAAGGACAAUUGCCCAUACUUCACGGAAGAAUAUAUCAGCUACCUUCGUUCAUACCGCUUCCGACCAAAUGAGCAAGUAAAGAUGGACCUUCAUGUUACGAGUGAGCCAGGUGCGGAAGUAGAGGAGGGUCACAUUACUAUGGAGAUUAGCGGGCUUUGGGUGGAAACGAUACCUUACGAAGUCCCGGUUAUGUCAAUCCUGAGUGAGGCGUACUUCUUGACUGUCGACAGAGGUUGGACAUACGAGGGACAAGAAGAGCUUGCUUAUCAGAAAGCAAAGCAGCUCAUUAAGGCUGGCAUCAGCUUCAGCGAUUUCGGUACCAGGAGACGGCGUUCGUAUCAUGGUCAAGAUCUUGUACUUCAGGGCCUCAUUCGAGGCAACAAAGAAUUUAGUGGACAGGAAGCUCGUGGGAGACUCUCGAGUACAAGCAAUCCGCAUUUUGCUAUUAAAUACGGUUUAUCGCCUAUGGGGACAAUAGCACACGAGUGGAUAAUGGGUAUUGCCGCAAUUCAUGGAUAUGAAAACGCGAAUGGUUUGGCGAUGGACCUAUGGGAGGCAACAUAUCCUACGAGCAAGUCCAACGCGCUUCACAUUGCUCUCACCGAUACGUUCUCGACAGACGCAUUCAAUCUGAAUUUUACUACUGAUAGAGCACGGGCGGAGCGUUGGAGGGGAUUACGACAAGAUAGUGGUGAUCCCUUCGAGUUUAUUGUCAAGGCCCGGAGCGCUUAUGAAGAAAUGGGCAUUGAUUAUCGAAAGAAGGUCAUCGUAUUCUCAGAUGGCUUGGAUGUGGAGCUUUCCAUCAAAAUUCAGAAAGCAAUUGAGGAGGCUGGGUUCAUUGGUGCAUAUGGGAUUGGAACAUUUCUCACUAAUGAUUAUAAGCGAAUGGACAACGGACAGAGGAGUAAACCAUUAAACAUGGUUAUCAAGAUUGCUUCGGUUGAAGGGCAGCCUUGUGUGAAGAUUAGUGACGAUAUCACAAAGAACACUGGCGAUCCAGAAGUUGUGGCCCAAAUAAAGAAGAGGUUUGGAAUUGCGACAUAA